AUGGAUCACUCCGACCUCACAACCGAGCAGGUUUUGAGGAGGGAUAUUCCGUGGGAGACUUACAUGAGUACUAAGCUGAUAACGGGAACAGGGCUUCAGCUGUUGAGGCGUUAUGAUAAGAAACCCGAGAAUUACAAGGCUCAGUUGCUGGAUGAUGAUGGUCCAUCCUACAUUCGGGUACUUAUUAGCAUUUUGCGCGACAUAUUCAAGGAAGAAACUGUAGAAUAUGUUCUGGCCUUGAUCGAUGAAAUGCUAACUGCAAACCCAAAAAGAGCAAGGUUGUUUCAUGAUACGUCUCUUGCAAACGAAGAUACAUACGAGCCUUUCCUGAGAUUGCUUUGGAAAGGUAACUGGUUUAUUCAAGAGAAGAGCUGUAAGAUACUUUCUCUGAUAGUAAGUGCAAGGCCGAAGCCUCAGGAUGCAGCCACUGCAAAUGGGGCCUCAAAAUCGAAGGAACUCACUACUAUUGAUGAUGUUCUAAAAGGACUUGUGGAGUGGCUUUGCACACAGCUGAAGAAGCCUUCUCAUCCUAGCCGUGGCAUUCCAACAGCAAUCAGUUGUCUUUCAACUCUACUUAAAGAGCCUGUUGUGCGAUCUUCGUUUGUUCAAGCAGAUGGAGUGAAGCUGCUCGUUCCUCUAAUUUCUCCAGCAUCCAGUCAACAAUCCAUUCAGCUCCUCUACGAAACAUGUCUAUGUGUAUGGCUUUUGUCUUACUAUGAACCUGCAAUUGAGCAGUUGGGUGCUUCUAGAGCUCUUCCACAUUUGAUUGAAGUUGUUAAGGGUUCCACAAAAGAAAAGGUUGUCAGGGUAAUUGUGUUGACUCUUAGGAACUUGCUUCAAAAGGGGACAUUUGGCGCUCUGAUGAUAGAUCUGGGACUGCCUCAGCUUGUUCAGAGUUUGAAAGCACAGGCAUGGAGUGAUGAGGAUCUGCUAGAAGCUCUGAAUCAACUGGAAGAAGGACUGAAAGAUAACAUUAAGAAGCUAAGUUCUUUCGAUAAGUACAAGCAGGAAGUCCUCCUUGGACAUCUGGAUUGGUCCCCUAUGCACAAAGAUCCAAUGUUUUGGCGGGAAAAUAUUACGAAGUUCGAAGAAAAUGAUUUCCAGAUUUUAAGGGUCUUGAUCACAAUCUUGGACACGUCUACUGAUCCUCGAACACUAGCCGUUGCUUGCUUUGAUCUCUCACAGUUCAUUCAGUACCAUCCUGCUGGGCGUAUCAUAGUGACUAACCUCAAAGCAAAGGAGCGGGUGAUGAAAUUGAUGAACCAUGAAAACCCGGAGGUCACCAAGAAUGCCUUGCUUUGCAUCCAAAGGCUUUUGCUAGGUGCCAAAUAUGCAAGCUUCUUACAAGCCUAA